AUGAAAGAUUAUACCAUCCGGAGAGGUGUGGAAUAUCGGAAGAAGUACUGUUGGGAGAUAAGGAGGUACAAUGGAAGUCACACUUGUACCAGGUCUACUAUUUCUCAAGACCAUUCGAAGCUGGAUUCCAAGACAGUUGCAGAAGCAAUAAAGCCGUUGGUAGAGGUUGACCCGUCUAUAAAGGUGAAAUUAGUAAUUGCUGAUGUCCAGUCAAAGUUUAACUAUACCAUCAGUUAUCGCAAGGCUUGGUUAGCAAAGCAGCAGGCGGUCGAAUCAAUUUUCGGAAGUUGGGAAGCAUCGUAUGAAGCUUUGCCCAUAUGGUUUGAGACCAUGUGCCACAAAGAGCCAUCAGCAGUGGUUCACUUUGAAACAAUGCCUGCUUACCAGGGGGAUGAUUUGGUUCCUGAUAUACAUGUUCUACAUAGAGUCUUCUGGAGUUAUUACCCCUGUAUAAGGGCCUUCAGACACUGCAAGCCAGUGGUGCAGGUGGACGGGACUCAUUUGUAUGGAAAAUACAAGGGUUGUUUAUUGGUUGCAGUCUCACAAGAUGGUAAUAACAACAUCGUGCCUAUUGCAUUGGCCAUAGUGGAGGGAGAGACUUCUGAUGCAUGGUACUAUUUUCUGAGCAACCUGCGUCAACAUGUGGUGACACGUGAUGGUGUGAGACUUAUCUCUGAUCGACACGAUUCGAUUAGGUCAGCUAUUGAACGAAGUAAUGGGGCGUGGUCUCCUCCUAGAGCUUUCCAUAUGUUUUGUAUCCGGCAUAUUGAGUCCAACUUCUUGAGGAAGUUCAAGGCACCUUACUUGCAGAAGCUUAUCGUAAACAUUGGAUACUCGAUGACGACCAGAGAGUACCAGAUGCGCUAUGAAUGA